CGUCUGCAAAGAGCGGCUGUGCUGCCGCUGCCUGGCACUCGGCUCUGGCGCGGAAGGCGGCAGGGAGACAUCCGAAGCCGGGCACGGAGGAGCCGGAUCCCUCGCACCGCCGCGGCGGAUCGGCUGGCCCCGCUCUCGCUUCCUUCGCCGCCAGUGCCGAACGCCCCUCGCCGGGAUGGGCGUGGAGGCGCCGGGAGAGCCGCCGGCCGCGGGCCGCCGCCGCCGCGAGUGCCGGCGGGUGCGGCUGCUGUGCAUGUUGGCGCUGACCUUCCUGUUCUUCGUGCUGGAGGUGGUGGUGAGCCGCCUGACGGCCUCUCUGGCCAUGCUCUCCGACUCCUUCCACAUGCUGUCGGACGUGAUGGCGCUGGUGGUGGCGCUGGUGGCCGUGCGCUUCGCUCAGCGCACCCGCGCCACCAAGAAGAACACCUUCGGCUGGGUGCGGGCCGAGGUGAUGGGCGCGCUGGUCAACGCCGUCUUCCUUACCGCCCUCUGCUUCACCAUCCUGCUGGAGGCCAUCGAGCGCUUCACCGAGCCCCACGAGAUCCAGCAGCCCAUGGUGGUCAUCGUCGUCGGGGUGGCCGGGCUGCUGGUCAACCUCCUGGGGCUCUGCCUCUUCCACCAGCACGGCGGCGGCCACGGGCACUCGCACGGGGGAGGAAGCAGCCGCCGGGGCAAGGGGGAGCGGCCGGCCGGAGACCUGCUCAAGGAGGAGGAGACCAACACGCUGGUGGAGAACUGCAGCAGCUCCAAUGGGCUCAGCCUGGAGAAGCUAGGUGAUAUGGCGAAAGAGAGUCAAGUGGAACUUCACCCAAACGGGAACGUUAGUCAUCGCUCUCUUGAUAUGGAUGUUGAAAUGGACCAUAGUGCCCAGCUCAACAUGCGUGGAGUAUUUUUGCAUGUUCUUGGAGAUGCCUUGGGAUCUGUUAUUGUUGUGGUGAACGCCUUAGUAUUUUAUGCUUACUGGAGUCCCUGCCCCGAGGAUGGGCUUUGUGUUAACCCAUGUAUCCAUGACCAUUGCACAGAAAACUUUACUCAGUUUUCUGGCGAGAUGAAUGUGAAUGCAACUGAUUUAGAGAGAAUUCAUGAAGCUGGGCCCUGCUGGGUUCUAUAUUUGGAUCCCUCCCUGUGUCUGAUAAUGGUUUGCAUCCUGCUUUACACAACAUAUCCACUGCUUAAAGAAUCAGCCCUUAUCCUUUUGCAAACUGUUCCCAAGCAAAUUGAUAUUCGUUCUUUAAAUGAGAAACUCCGUAAACUUGAUGGAGUUGAAGCUGUGCAUGAACUUCACGUUUGGCAACUGGCUGGAAGCAGAAUUAUCGGCACUGCUCAUAUAAAAUGUCAGGAUCCAGAAUCGUACAUGAAAGUGGCGAAGCAAAUUAAGGAGAUCUUUCACGAUGAAGGGAUACAUGCAACAACUGUUCAGCCUGAAUUUCCCAUUGUCGGCUCUGAAGUGGGUGUAGGCAAAUGUGAACUUCCCUGCAGAACCCAAUGUGCUUUGAAGCAGUGUUGUGGGGCUAUAGAAAAAUCUGCUCAAAAGAAGACAGAAAAAUCUCCUACUAUAAGUAUUUCUUGCUCUGAAAUAGUAAUUGACUCGCCGCACCACAAAACCCGGAGGACUAAAUCUGAGUGUAUACCUUCUGUAAAGUUAGAGGCUGAGCCUGACCCUAACAAACAAUUUGAAUCAUCUUUAUAGCUUACAAAAUUGUCGUGAGUGAAAUCUGGAUUCAACCACAGGUUGAUUGUGAGAAGUGAGACUGUCAUUGAAAAGACAAGUUGCAAAGUAAUGUAAUUGCUGAAGUCCCUGUUCUUGUCACAAUGCUUAAAUCUAGGCUGGCUGUUUGGAAGAAUGUCAUGGUGCCAUCCUGACAUAAUGUGUUCAUGUUCACUUUUAGACUGGCACAAAAAUUCACCAAUGCUGCAAUGACUCUGGAGAACCAUUCUCAACACUUCAGCCAAGAUGCAUUUUGUUGAGUUAACAUUAAAAUGCGUGUGCACACCCCAGUCCUAAAAAGUGGAAUUUGUAUUGGGCUUCUUGUUGAGGUUGGACCUGUGGACCUACGCAUUCACCCCAAUGGAAGGUGCCCUGGGUGAAAGUUUGGAUGUUAGUGGAACAGGUCCAAUCCAUAAUUUUUGUGUGUAUAUUUUACAGACCUUAAGGAGAGAAACCAAAGGCAAAAACUAUAUAACUUUUUUAAAAAGUAGAACAUGUGGGGAAAUCUUAGACCUUCGUUCAUUAAAUGAAAAAGUGAACAUUAUCCCAAGCAGGCCUACUGCACUGCGUUAGUUGUAGUGUCUUAAAAGCAUAUCCAGUGCUUGUUGACAAAAUCUCUUUUCUAUACCGAGCCAGUAGAAGUAACAAAGCUGGCACAACUGAAAAUUAUAUAUAUAUUUUUUUUUUCUGUUGUGUUUAUUUUGAGUACCCCUGAAACGUAAGGUUAACUAUUCAGACUGCAUUUGAAUAUAUCCUUUUAGAGGCUUGGCCAUUGCUUCCCCUUCCCCCUUCUCAUUGCUGUGUUUUAUUUAAAAAAAAACUUCAUUAGAUUGUGUAGGUUUUAGAAUUUAAUAGAACUUUCUAAACUCAAAGGGAGAUCCAGAGCUGGUCUCUGUUUUAGUAGUGUCACCCGAGGUUUGCUGAAGUGGAAGGGGUUUGUCUGUUAUGGGCUGGUUUUACAUCUGGUUUUCUGGGUUUUGAAGAAUAAUUCUUAUUAAAAAGCCUCAGAAAGAAAUUUAGAAGAUAAAACUAAGGAGUGCAUAUUAAACACUAAUAUAUUUUUCAAAUUAUCCUAUUUUGUCCAUUAAACUAAAGUUAAUAUGCCACUGAAAUACUUCAUUAUAACAAAAUACAGGGUAGAUACCUCUGAAGAAACAGUUGUAUGUGCUAUUGAUUUUUACCCACAGCAGUUUAUAUGUAGUGAAGGCCUGCGGCGAAGAACUAUAUCCCAGUUCAGUCUUAACACCCUUCUGACCUAAUGCUCUUCGGCAAAUCAGAGAAAUGGCUUUUGCCAGUCAUUUUUUAUUUGAGCAAGCGGGUUGAGUACAAUCCACAGACCUCUUAAAGUAAAACCAUUUCUGUCCUGUUGAAUAUAUACAGCGCUGAGUGUAAGGAUAUCAUCUAAAAUAUUCCUGGAUCACACAGCCAUCCAUUCUCCCUCACCUUACUUUUCCAUUCUAUUAAAAACAAGGAUAAUUCCUCCCUCACAGAAAUGGUGGUAAUGUUAGUUUUUAAAGCAUUUUGAGUUCUUAGUGAAAGGCAUUGUAGAAUUGGCAAAUUUUUUCUCUAUUCACUUAUUUGAAUGGUGGUUCUGUGAACAAUCACUAUAGUACCAGUGCUGCAAAGUGAAUACAUUUUGGCCCUUACUCUUAUUUGCUACAGUACUUUUAAAAAUUCUGCAGUGUAUAGGUACAGGCUUUAUUGCAUAUAUGAUACAUGAUUUGGUGGUAAAAAUGUUGUUUUGUUUGCUUAGUUAUAAAGAACCUCAUUAAUUUGCACUGUUGAUUAGCAUUUUUUAAGUGGUAGUCUCCAUCCCCUGCUGCUCAGUAGAGUUGAAAUCAAGCUUUACUGGGUCGGGGGCCGGGGGGGGGGGAGCUAUGCCACAACACUGGAAAGUGUUAAAGACUGUACUUGUAAAAACAAUCAAGUACACUUAGCAAUGCCUUCUGUGUUCCUUUGGUUGUACGUGCCACCUGUCAGUUAAUCUCUCUUUGUGUCUCACUCAUUACUUCAAGUAUGCAAUAACCAUUUUGCCUGUUUCUCAUGGAACUGGGUGCAUGCCACACAGUGGUACUGAAAGUCAUCUAGUGCUGACCAUGGCUACAGUGGCAUAGUUGUUUCACUGUAAAUAUUGUUUGAUUGGCAGACAAAGCCACAAUAAUGUAAACUUUAGGUCUCACAGCUAAAGCUCCUAAUCUUUUCUGUGUUACAAGAAUUGGCUAGCUUGUUUCCCACAGUCUCGGAAUCAAGUAUAAGUUCCAGAUCAAGAUACUUAUGUUUUAACUCUGACUUUGGUGUCGUGACGUGAGCCUAACUCUUGAUCUUUGCUAGAUGAUGUAUUUUUUGGUAAUAACAAGUAGCUUUUUUUCUUUAAAAAAGCCCUGCUGCAUCUCUCCAAAGCACAAACUUUGACUCUUGUAUAUUAAGGGAGGAAAGCAACUAAAGCUAUACUAGGUGCAAUUCUGAUUUUUUUUACAAAAAGAAUUAUGCAACAGCUUGUUUAGUUCUUUUUUGCUUUUGCAAGUAAGAUUUUUGGAAACAUCACUAACGUAAUUUUGUACAGUCUUUGAAACAAAAUUGAACUCUUUAAACAAUUCCAACUAUGGGAGGCAUCCGUUGUACUUGAUUAUAUGUGAGGCAAUUGGAACACCUUCUUGCAAACUACUCUGUAAGUUCAUACUUUCUCCGGAAUUCUGGGGUAAUGAACAUUCUGUGCUCAAUAAUGCAUUUGUAGUGAACCAUUGGAAUGUACAAGGUAACUAUGCACAUUUAUUUCACUGCAUGUUCACAGUAAAAUGCCAGUGUGUCUAUCUGAGAUGUGUUGCAGUGAAUGCAUAGCCAAAUGUAUGUAUUCUCCUUAGACACUACAUGUUUCAGUGUGAAAGCAGACUAUAGAGCACAUGUUUAUAUUCGCUAGUUACUUAUGAAGUAGUUUCAAAGGACUGGCUACUUCUUGCAUUACUAAGUGUUUGCAGAUGAGACCUUUGCAAAAUGGAAUGUUUAAAAGUGGUAUCUAUAUUUUGCUGAAUGUAUUAAUCAUUUACAAUUCUGAAAGUAAGCAGUGCUCAAGAUUUCCCCUUGUUUAUGCUAUAAGGUCUAUUUUUUCUUGCUAUAUGCAAAUGAAAUUCUGGUUCAGUUGUUCUUAAGAUCAAGCCAUUGGUGACAGAGUAGGCAUGGACUCCACUGGGUUAAUGGGAAUCUGUUUCUGAAUAGAAUGCACUUUGACUUCUCAUUUGCGGGGAGGGAACUACCUUCACACUGCAGCUCUCCUCCCCCAUUCCCCUGUGGUGUUUAAGUUUCUUGUGAACAAAGUAUUAAUAUUUAAGGUAUUAACUACAAUAUUUAACUAUACUGCUUUAAUUUCAUAACAGCAUCAGUGUAGCCUUCUGGGACUCUGGCUUUUAUGUUUACAGAACAAUAAUUAAAUAUUACAAUAAAUGUUUUAUUUUUUGUUCUUACUCGCACCGUCACUUCAUCUCUUGGUGGACUGGAAGGUACUAAUGCUUUGUGUGCCUGAGAUAAGAACAUUCUUGAAAUUUUUUUUGUAAGCCAAAUACAGCCUUACUUUAUAACAAGAGCUUUGAUUCCUCUGUGUGAUUUUUGGUUUGUGUCAUUAAACUGCCUGUGUGAUGAACACUUCCAUGUCUUAUAAAUUUGUGAGCCUUGGUUUUUUACCUCUUGCUGUAUGUGUAUUUAAGUGUUCUUGAACUGUAGUUUCUAAACCCAUAUGCCUUGUGGUAGCUAGAGAGGCAUGUCCUCUUGCAUUAUAUGGGUUCUGUUUGAAACAACUUUUGGGAAGACAUAAUCGGCAUGUCUGUGUCUGGCUACAUCUUAUCAGUGAUGACGGGAUUCUGUUAAACUAGUGAUGCUGCUGUGUUUCUUUGCAUAAACUCAAGACUGAGAAUGAAAUAAAUAUGGCUAUAUAAAAUAUGAAA